AUUCAAGUCUCCAUUAGCCAACAAUGCAUAACAGACGGAUAUUCUUGCCUUAUGACAAAGAUGCACAGUUUCUCAGUCUGAUUUCUCCUUGGACCUCAGGGUAUAUAAGGCACGCAAAGGUGCUCUCUAAAUGGCAAUAGUCAGCUUAGCAAUUCGUCUCUGAACGAGUAUCUCCUUUCUACUAUCUCAUAUAAUCUACUUGCUUUAUUCAAUUGACGGAUCAUCAAUUGUCACUCCUAUCUGGAAUGUCGUCUAUUAAGAUGUCCGUCCACAAGCUCAAAGUUGGUAUGGCUGGUCUGGGCCGCGUAGGCAAGAUCCACGUCCUUAACUUUUUGCAUCACACUCCUCGUGCUGAGCUCGUUGCGGCCUUUUCCCCCGAUCCUGCCGAGAUCGCUUGGGGUAGGCAGAAUUUGGAGCCGUACGGCGUGACUCUGUACGAUAACUACGACAAGAUGCUCGAGCAUCCCGGCUUAGCGGCGGUAGCCAUUGGCACAGCGACAUCAGUUCAUGCUGAAGAGACCAUGAAGGCUAUCGACCAUGGUCUGCAUGUCCUCUGUGAGAAGCCAUUGUCAACGGACAUUGAAGUGUGCAAAGCAGUCGUGCGGAAAGCAAAGACAAAGCCUCAUCUCAAAGUCAUGUGCGGCUUCUCUCGGCGGUUCGAUGAAUCCUACCGUGAGGUUCACGAUAAGAUCAGUCAAGGCUUGAUUGGCCGACCUUCAAUUGUUCGAAGCCAGACAUGUGACAAGUUCGAUCCCUCAGGGUUCUAUGUUGCAUAUGCAGCAUGGUCUGGAGGUGUCUUCGUCGAUAUGUCAGUCCACGAUAUUGAUCUUACUCUGUGGUAUUUCGGCGAUGAUUCAGUCCCCAAGAGCAUUUCCGCCCACGGAAUUACCGCUGUUCAGCCAGAACUGAAGAAGUACAACGAUUAUGACAAUGCAGUAGGGAUUGUCGAGUUUCAUAACGGUAAAAUUGCCUAUUAUUAUUGUUCACGUAUGAUGCCGCACGGCCAGGAAGACACGACAGAAGUUAUUGGCACUGAGGGCAAAUUAUCUGUGAACGUCAACCCUCAACGCAACUUUGUCAACUUCUACCACUCCGGUGGUAUCACUCGAGAAGUCCCUAGUAACUUCAUCGGGCGUUUUGGGGCUGCUUUCGUCAAGGAAGCGAAUGAAUUUACCGCUGCUUGCCUAGACGACACACCGCUCCCAAUUAAACUGACCAACGCAGUCAAAGCUGUGGAGAUUGGUUCCUACCUUCAAGAAGCUCUAGUCACUGGGAAGCAGAUUCACUUCGACGAGAUUGGAAGGAGGAUUGAGAAGCCUAGCCUGUGAAAGUGGGCACGCAUCACUAUUAGUGAAAACUGCUUUGGUAUUUUUAUCAACAUAUACUCUCAUUCCCUCUCAAUGUA